UUUCAGUUGGCCGCGUUAGUAGUCCGAUGUCGUGAUGUUUGCACCAUUUGGAGGGGGCCAAGGGAGCCCCUCCCCCUUCCAGCAAGGGGGGUCUGGACCAUCGCAUUCGUCUGCUCCAAGCGGACACCGACCUCCUCCACUGGGUACAGUUCUCACGGGCACUGUGAAAAGUUACAGUGCAAAGGGCUUCGGCUUCAUCUUAUGUGCAGAUGUCGAUCACGAUGUCUAUUUUGCCCGGGAGAGCUUGCAAGAUGGCCUAAGGACUGCAAAUAUUGCUGGAACCGUUGUGCAAUUUGUGCUGCAACGGGGCCUACAUGGCAAACCCCAGGCAACAUGUCUUCGGCCGCUUGAUGGGCAGAUUGCACCGAUGUCGUACAACCGAGGCUACACUCCGGAGCCAGGAAGCAAAAGUGGAAGCGGAUGCGGCGCUUGCACUGGAUGCGGCGGAUGUGGCGGAUGUGGCGGAUGCGGCGGUUGCAGCGGCUGUGGAUGUGGCGGCUGCGGUGGCUGCGGCGGUUGCAGCGGCUGUGGAUGUGGCAGUCAGGCAGGAUGCGGAUGCGGGGGAGUCGUUUCUGGCGGAGCGCCAUGUUUCGGCCGAGUCCCCGGUGUCAGCAUCGGUGCGUUCGGAGGACCUCCUCCUGCCACGCCGCCCUUCGCGCACUUCCCGGCGCCACAAGCGCCAGGCCCCAAUUGGCCAAUGCCCCGUGCUCCUGUCGCUGCUCCGCCCAAACGGCUUUCACCUCAUGCAGGCUCCAGAGCCAUUGCUGGCAUGAAAGCUCAAGAAGCGGCGGCACGCAGCGAGAAGAGCGAGAAGAGUUCGUCCGCAAGCCCUGAGCAAAGCAGCAGCAGCUCCAGUGAGAAGAAGAAAAAAGAGAAGAAAAAAAGUAAAAGGAAAGGCA